AUGGCUCAUCCAAAAACAACGGGGCCAACACCCCGUCCCACGUCGAUAGCACACCAAUCCGACAACACGCCAGAGGUAUACCGUUCCAUCUCUCAUGUGUCAGGCCACGACUUGCAACCCCAGGCCUUGACGGCAACUGUUGACGAAGACACAUCCGACUUCUACAAUCGCCUCUCGCCACGUCGCAAAACCGUUAUUGUAGCGAUCCUCUCGUUCUGCGCCUUCCUCUCCCCCAUUUCCAGUACCUCCGUCCUCGCUGCUACUCCCGAAGUAGCAAAGGAAUACAACACGACAGGGUCCGUCAUCAACGCCUCCAACGCGGGCUACAUGGUCUUUAUGGGCCUGUCGCCCAUCGUAUGGGGUCCUAUGAGCCAGGGAGCGCGUGUCUGGGGUGAGUUCAUCGCUCGGGUUUUGGUCCUUGUACGAGCCCCGCUGUUUUGUAUGGAAUGUGAUGGACUAAUGUUGAGAAGCGAUAUAUAUCGUCCUAGCGAACGAGGGACAGCCAUGGGCUGGUUCUUGUCUGGUACCCUCAUUGGGCCGGCCAUGGGUCCAUUCAUAGGCGGCAUCAUCGUCACAUACUCGUCGUGGAGGUCGAUAUUCUGGCUGCAAACUGCUCUUGCGGGGACCGGCGUCCUCGGCGUCUUCUUCCUGGUUCCCGAGACUGCGCAACACAAGAAAAUUACCGAGUUGGAACAUAUGUCUAGAAAAGAACGGCUCAGGGCAAUAAUGCACAUGAUUAGUCCCAUUCGCGUGCUGAAACUGUUUCGGUAUUGGAACCAGGUUCUCGUGGCAUGUGCUAGUUCCGCCUUGCUCUGGAACAUGUACAGCUUGCUUACACCCAUUCGAUACGUCCUCAACCCACGGUUCCACCUGGAUUCUCCAUUGUUGGGUGGGCUGUUCUAUCUUGCCCCCGGGAUGGGAUAUAUACUUGGAACUUUCAUGGGCGGUAGAUGGGCAGAUCGGACGGUUAGAAUGUGGGUUAAGAAGCGCAAUGGAGUUCGUGUUCCAGAGGACCGACUACGCUCAGCCGUUCCGUUCAUGGGUCUUGUGAUGCCCGCUUGUGUUCUGAUAUAUGGUUGGGCGGUGGAAAAGUCUGUGGGAGGAAUUCCCGUUCCAGUAAUCGCCUUGUUCGUGCAGGGGAUCGCGCAACUCUUCAGUUUCCCAUCACUGAACACGUACUGUCUCGAUGUGAUGCCAGGGCAGGGAGCUGAAGUCGUUGCAGCCAAUUACUUUGUGAGAUAUCUGGCGGGUUGCAUGGGCACAGGCGUGGUACUGCCUGCGAUUCAAGGUGUGGGAGUCGGUUGGUUUUCUACCAUUUCGGCCUUGUUUCUGGGUGCAUCUACCGUCGGCGUCAUGGCGGCCAUCAGAUGGGGAGAGUCGUGGAGAAAGGCGACUGAUGCCAAGUUGGAAAAGAGCUUAAAGGACGAUGCCUCAGGAGGACAGGCGCUUGGAGAGCCGAAGCGUGAACAGAAGGAUUCGCCGGCAAAGAAUGGCGUGCUAGAUGACAGACAGCCAGCAUAG